AUGCAGCCCACGCCCUCUUUGCUUCAGCCUACCACCGGCGUCAAGGCCUCGAGAAAAGUCGCGAACCGCAAAGGAUCCAAAUCUAGGUUAGCCAUGCGCGAUGGCUCUGGUAGCGCGCCACCGGCAACGAACUUUGUCACAGGACCUCGAUAUGCUAAACGUCGAUCGCGCCGCGACAGUUAUCUCGAGUUCGGCGGAGGUGUUGUGCCUGGCGACUCAUGCACGGAAUCGGAACUGUCCGAAUCGUCUGAGUCACCCAUCACACCCAAUCGACACACCAACGCAGAAAGCGGCUCCAACUCAGCUCCCCCGACGACCCCAAGCUUCCCCUCCAAGCCCACGGCUCCACGGCACGGCCGAGACGGUUCGCUUCCUCGACUCGAGCUGAGCCAAACACGCAGCAGCAUCGACGAUUUCCGCUCCUUACUUGCCUUCGCAUCGCCAUCCAAUCUGCACGGCAGAAGGCUCGCAUCCUCUGCAUCCACUGCUUUGUCGACGCCUGACCUUGCUACUGCCUUUGCAGCUUCCGCCGAUAGAUCCUCGCCUCUUCCCAACAGGAACAAGCCGCAGCCUCCCAUCCCUACAUCAGCAAUCACUAUGAACAAGCCAAGCACAUCCUCAUCGAUCUCAUCCGUCACCAGCGCUGCAGUCAAGGGACAGAAGCUCCCACGGUCGCCCGCCCGGACGGUGUCGGGCAGAAACCAAAUCGUCAGCACAGACGAGUACCGACGUCACGCUCACCAUUCCAGCGGUGUGCAAAGGCAAUCCACCGCCUCGAGCUUGCCUCGAUCUGUCUCUCGAAGGGCAUUGUAUUCAUACGACAACGAUCAGCUUCGAUCGCCCACGCGAAGAACCUCCAUCUCGGAAGCCAUGCGUCAGCUCGAGGACAGUGUCCAGCGAACGCCAGACGCUAUCAACUUCAACGGGCUCGCUGCCAGCAGCAACGAUUCCGAGACCAGACGCGCUGUCCUUACAUCCAGCGCUCGUGCCAACACAACCAUGUCGCGCACCAACAGUCGUGGCUCACGCAGACACACCAAGUCCAGCAGCGAUAUGUCGGCUCGCAAUUCCACCGAGAGCUGGAGGGGCGGUGCCAUCGGUCGCGAUAUCCUUCGCAUGCUCAAUGAUGCCGAACAGCUUGACGAUACGCAAACCACGUCGUCGCUGGCUUCGAGCAAGCUGCAAGGUACGCUCGUCAGCGAGGGUGGUCAUAGCUCAGCAACAGAUCCUAGCACCGACUUGCAUGACGCAGAGCAGUUAGCCACCAUCAAGGAGCGCAUCGAGGCACCCGAAGUCGCGCUCCAGCGCCAAAUGUCGAUCGAUCUCGGCUUGAGCCCAUCGCAGACCGCUGGGCUUUUCGAAAUCGUAACACGCGGAGUCUCGACUUACUCUUCCGGAUCUGAAGAGAUCCGAGCUGGCUCGCCGGACUUCAGCUCCGCCAGGAGAGCGACUCGGCUUCCCGAUCUUGAUGAGGCGCGAGAGACUCGUCAGCACGGAAAGGUUCAUGGCUUGACCUCGCCGACCUUCGGUCCUCGACAAAGGAAAGCUUCGCAAGCCUCGAUUGCAAAUGAGCUGCUGCCAGCUCUGACCCUUGAUAGCACAGCACCAACAUUGGUCAAGAGAAGAUCGUCCAACGCCUCGUCGAUUCGCUCCCGCAAGGGUUCGUCUGAACGCUAUCACGAUGCAGGUCCUCGUCGCGCCUCGGAAGGGCUCGUGACGAUGCCGUCGCCGACCUCAACGCGCUCGGCAACGGAGGCGUAUACCACGCCGCUUCCUUCCCUUCCCUUCGCCGCAUCAACGCCGAUACCUCUCUUGCCGCCCGCCUGGAGAUGGUCUGCAGCGCAGGCAUCCGAGCCGAAUGGUCCCGAAUCGGUUUACCAGGCCGAGCUGGCAAAGGCAGUGGGCAAGGAGCGCAAGAAUCGACCUGCAGCUCUGGCUUUGGACCAGUCAGCAUUGUCCGCAUUUGCGCCUGACGGAUCGGUUUCUUCCGCCAACACGGGCGUAUUCAAAGGUCUUGCGAGUCCCAGCAGAUUGCGCGCUCCGCCUCCUUCCGCCCCUCCAACGGAGCCAUUGCCGCCUGUGCCUGAUACGCCUCUGCUCGCACCCAAGAGUCCGAUGGCACGACAGCGCCGCGGAUCGGAUUUCAGUGCGGCGGGGGUCAAUGAAGCGGAGGCGCCCAAGACGCCAAAAUUGCCUCGCUAUUCGUCCUCGACCACCGACCUGCUAACGCCAAAACACUCUUCAGAUCCGGCGUCAGCCUCGAUCUCAAGUCCCAACAGCAGGCGAGCGAUGGAGUCAGACACCAUCUCGACCGAAGGUACGAAGCAGAUUGAGACCGCGGGUCGGGUCAGGAGGCCGAGCGCUGGUGCGGUUCUAGCUGUCUCGCCAGUGCCAGAGGAGCCGCCAGUCCAUUCGCCUGCACGCGUCCCGAGUGGCGAGGACUUGCAUCAAGUUGCAAGCUCUCCAAAGACUCGAGCAGCGGACGCAGCCGCCUCGAGACGAUUGUCCAUGCGCAAGAAGGGUCGCAAGAGCCAGGAGGCGACCAAGAGUGCUGCGUCCGCCGUCGUUGCCACCGAGCAUGCAGGCGGCCAAAUCGUGUCGCCGAAGCUCACGUCGCCGAUCUUGAAAGACCAGAGACAGUUCGCCCCGACCAAGGCAGAGGAGGUGUCUCCGCGGUCGUCGCCACCCUCGCUGCCAGAAGAUGCCUUUGAGGUCGUGCAGGCUCCAGUCCGCCGCGCAAUAGCCACCGAGAAACCAUCUCGCCCCCCUCCGAGCGCUUGGAACGGACGUAAGGUCACUUCUACCGCAUCUGUGAGCAACACGAGCGACGCAGCAGACUCAUCAGAGCUGGGUCACGGACGUCUCGAGGAUCCGCGCGGCGGUGCCGAAAGCGUCGCUAGCUGUCAUUCCAACUUCAGCAGCAUCAGCAAUCGUCGUCGCGAGGUCCUCGCUGACAAGGAGGCGCUGCUCAAUGCCCUCAGCGAGCCAUCGCGGCAGGAGGUUCUCCGACGCACAGAAGGUCGUUUCGCCGGUGCAUUCGGCGAAGUGGCCCGUGCAUUCCGACAGCUGCAGGCCGACAAGACAAUGCUGGAGCAAAUCGUGCGCGAAAAGACACCCCUGAGCGGCGUCGGGGACACCAACGAGAUGCUCAGCGGUCACCUGUCCAAGAUGAACGCCAAGCUGGAACAGAACGGCGCAGAGAUCAGGAAGCUGCUGGACCUGUUGGAGCAGCAGAGGGAGGUGAUGGAGCAGAUGAUGGCCACUCACCAGUUGGAGAAGGACGCGUACGAAGAUGAGGUGAGUCACCUGCAUCGCGUGCUCGAUGAGGCAGAGGCCGAGGUGGACCACCAUCGAGCGCACGUGUUGAAGCUCAACGAGGAGCUGGUCAAGGCUCAUACAGGGAUUGCGCAGGCGAAUGCGGAUGCAACACGUGCCAGGACGAUGCUGACGGAAGAAGCACGGAAGCGGGAGAAGGUCGUACAGCUGCUCCGACAGGCAAAGGACAGACUGAGGGAGGUGGAAUCGGACAACGACCGCUCCGUCGAUGGCGCGGAUGUGGAACGCCUCUCGCCCGAAGUGCAUCGCGCCUCUUCGUCCGAGAACGAGGUCGCCCAGCUGCGCCGAAUGCUCGAGGACCGAGACCAAGAAAUCGCCUCCCUACGUCUUUCGCACGCGGACGCAGCGAUGCACCACGACGCAGACGACUCUCUCUCCAUCGGCCACGACUCCACCUCUACACCAGCCGAAGAAAUCGCCCGUCUUCGCGCCCAGCUCACCGAACAGCGAUCACGGGAAAAGCAAAUCCGCACAGCCUACGUUUCCGUCCGCGAGGAGUUGCGCAAAGUCAACCUCGAACGACGUCGCUCUUCAGCAGGGUCCGUUCAGGCACUCACCGUCCCGCAACCGCCCGCAACAGCCGGCUCACGCUAUCCCCGGGUCGUGACGCCUGAACCGGGGGAUAGGAAGCUGAAGCGUCUCAGUCUGCCGAUUGUUGCCAGAGCUUCGGGGUUGGUGGCGCCCCCAAUUGGCGGGUACGCAGAGUGGGCGGGUCAGGGGAGGUGUCCAAGUCCGCUGUCAGCGAGGUCGCCCACCAGUUCAGUGUUGGAAUUGGUGGGAGAGUAG